AUUUCAUCAGCUAUUCAAUGGAGGUUUACAUGAAGAAGAAAGAGGAAGGAAAGGGUGCAGAUGUCCAGGCAGUGUGGUUUGCUGCCGGGACAGCGGCGCUUAUGGCGUGCCUCGAGAGGGCUGUCGUGGUGUCGUUCGUCGAGCAGUUCCGGGUCCUCGUCUUCCUCGCUCUCAACCUCUUGCUCUUAGCCAUUCUCUUCACGUCUAGACACCCAAAUUGCUCAUCCCCUCCUGAUUUCAACCAAGAAAAUGACAAUGUAGGUGGCGGUUGCACAGAGGAACCCAAGGAAAAGGGAAUGGCGGCUGAGGCACCCCGGGAACAGGACUUUGCGGUGGCAGCGGAGGAGGAGGAAGUCAGUGGUGGUGGUGGUGGUGGCGAUGGUGAUGAUGAUGAUGAAGUAGAUGCCACAGAGUUGAAUGAAAGAGCGGAGGCUUUCAUUGCCAAGUUCAGGCAGCAUUUGGCUUCUGAUGCAAAAGAGUAGUUUAGUUUUGGCUAAAAGAUAGAAGGCAUUUCUAGAUGUAAUUCCAUUUCCCAGUCCCAAAUUAAAGGGAUUUCGUUUAAUUUGUUUUAGGGUAGAAAGGUUAUUCAAAUGUGAUUUCAACCGAAGUAUUCCUAAUAUAUAUUUUUGCAGCUUUUUGGCAGAUCCUCACG